AUGCCGCCCGUCUUUGGUCUGGUGCCCACAUAUCGCGGACGUGGACGUGGAAGAGGAUCAAAUGCACACUAUGGACGAUCUCGUGGCUUCUUUCGUGGGCGAGGUCAUGGUCGUAGCGAUGGACAGAACACAAAUGUCCCGGCACGCGGUGACGACGGCACCCAACUAGAGGAUCGAUUCGAGAGCAUUCGAAUGUACGAUGAGAUUGACGAGAAACUCGGAUUCGGACGCGUUCAAGAAGGCAGCGCCCGAGAAGGCUGGCUCGUAAACAUGCAUCCUACUACGAUAAGAACCGACGAAUGGGCUUCAGGAAGGGCGGCAGUCGACUUUUACUUUAUCCAGGAUGACGGCGGCAUGUUCAAGUGCACAUAUGCCUACGAUCCGUAUUUCUAUAUAGCAUGCAAAGUCGGCCUCGAGAACACCAUCGAGGAGUGGCUGACGAAGAAAUAUGAAGGACUCUUGCUCAAGGUGGUCCGUGAGAGGAAAGAAGACCUUAAAAUGCCAAAUCAUCUUCUCGCCCACCCAAGACUCUUCCUCCAACUUGUCUUUCGAAACGUUACCGACCUCCUCGCUGUGAGGCGCGACCUGAUGCCACUCGCUCUUGCAAAUAGCGCUAAAAUGAAUGCCAUUGAUGCAUACGCCGAGGUUGUCAAUGCUGAAGCUGCCGCCUCUGCUCGCAUUGCCGUCGACGGUGACGAUGUCAACACAACGGCAUGGAGCAUGGACGUGGAUUCUGGGCAAUCGACUAAAAAGGGCUCUGGGGAUCGAGAUCCUCGCGAAGGAAUUAUUGAUAUUCGCGAAUUCGACGUGCCAUACUACUUGAGAGUAGCAAUCGACAAUGAUAUCCGUGUUGGACUCUGGUACAGUGUGGCCAUGGAAUCUGGGCAGCCUACGCUGACCCGCCUAGUCGACCGUGUGAAGCGUGCAGAGCCCGUAGUCAUGGCAUACGAUAUCGAAACUACAAAGGCACCUCUCAAGUUUCCGGACCAAGCCGUCGAUCAGGUCAUGAUGAUCUCCUAUAUGAUUGACGCACAGGGAUAUCUCAUCGUCAAUCGGGAUAUAGUCUCGGAGGAUAUCGAAGAUUUCGAGUACACUCCAAAAGACGGUUACGAAGGUCCCUUUACCACCUUCAACGAACCAGACGAAGAGGCCACCAUUCGUCGAUUCUUCGAGCAUAUUCAAUCCGCAAAGCCGACGGUUAUGGCGACUUUCAACGGUGAUUCGUUCGAUUUUCCGUUCCUUGCCGCAAGGGCACGGGUCCAUGGCAUCGACAUGUACUUGGAGACUGGAUUUGCCAAAGAUUCGGAGGAUGAAUUCAAAAGUCGACAAUGUAUACACAUGGAUUGCUUCCGUUGGGUCAAGCGCGACUCCUAUCUCCCCCAGGGAAGUCAGGGUCUCAAGGCCGUCACCAAGGCAAAGCUGGGUUACAAUCCUGUCGAACUCGAUCCAGAGCUCAUGACACCAUACGCUCUUGAACAUCCUCAAGAACUCGCACAAUACUCCGUUUCCGACGCAGUCGCCACCUAUUACCUAUAUAUGAAAUACGUUCACCCCUUCAUUUUCUCCCUGUGCAACAUUAUUCCUCUCAAUCCCGACGAGGUAUUGAGAAAGGGAAGUGGAACGCUCUGUGAAACACUUCUCAUGGUUGAAGCAUACAAAGCUCAUAUUAUCAUGCCCAAUCGACAUGAGGAGCACUUUGGAAACAUGUUCGAGGGCCACUUGCUCGCGUCGGAGACGUAUGUUGGAGGCCAUGUAGAGGCGUUAGAAGCUGGUGUGUUCCGCAGCGACAUUCCCACUCACUUCAAGCUGGUCCCUGCGACUGUCCAAAAGUUGAUAGAUGACCUCGAUCACGCUCUCAAGUUCUGCAUUCAGACAGAGUCUGGACUCGAACUCGAUCAAGUCUCCAACUUCGAGGAGAUCAAAGGCAAGAUCCAGUCUAUUCUAGAAGAGAUGCGCGACAACCCCAACCGUACCGACAAGCCGCUCAUUUACCAUCUCGAUGUUGCCGCCAUGUAUCCCAACAUCAUGUUAUCGAAUCGAUUACAACCUGACUCCAUGAUUGACGAGUCCGCAUGUGCUGUUUGCGACUUCAACCAUGAGGACAAGCAGUGCGCGCGGAAGCUCGAAUGGGCAUGGAGAGGAGAAUUCUUCCCAGCGCAGAGAGAUGAGCUCAAUAUGAUCAAGCACGCUCUUUACCAAGAAACUUUUCCCGGAAAGUUCAAGGGUGGCCCUCCUCGCAAGUUCAGCGACCUUUCUUCCACCGAGCAAACUGCCCUUAUCCACAAGCGCCUUGGCGAUUAUUCACGAAGAGUGUACAAAAAAGUCAAGGACACCCGCAUCAUUACGCGCGAAUCCAUCGUCUGCCAGCGCGAGAACCCCUUCUACAUCGACACUGUACGCAGCUUCCGCGACAGGCGAUACGAGUACAAGGGUCUCCACAAAAUGUGGAAGAAGAAUCUUGACAAGGCGCUAGGGGGCGGGGAGCUGGCAGAGAUUGAAGAGGCGAAGAAGAUGAUCGUCUUGUAUGACUCUCUGCAACUGGCGCACAAAUGUAUCCUCAACUCCUUCUACGGAUACGUCAUGCGAAAGGGUGCUCGAUGGCAUUCCAUGGAAAUGGCGGGGAUCACAUGUCUCACUGGAGCAAAGAUCAUUCAAAUGGCUCGAAAGUUGGUGGAUGACAUCGGGCGCCCAUUGGAACUAGAUACAGACGGUAUCUGGUGUAUGCUUCCCGGCAUAUUCCCGGAGAACUUCUCCUUUAAGCUAGUGAACGGGAAGUCACUCGGAUUUUCAUAUCCAUGCACCAUGCUCAACCAUCUCGUUCAUGCUGGCUUCACUAAUCAUCAAUAUCAUACUCUCGUCAACGGCAAGUAUGAAGUCAAGAGCGAAAACUCCAUCUUCUUCGAGCUUGAUGGACCCUACAAGGCGAUGAUCCUCCCGUCUUCCAAGGAAGAAGACAAACUCCUCAAGAAACGAUAUGCCGUUUUCAACGAUGAUGGAUCCCUUGCUGAGCUCAAGGGCUUCGAAGUCAAGCGGCGAGGGGAAUUGCAGCUCAUUAAAAUCUUUCAAUCCCAAAUCUUCGAAAAAUUCCUCCUCGGAACGACGACUGAAGAAUGCUACGCCGCAGUGGCCAAAGUCGCCGACCAAUGGUUGGACGUCCUCUUCAGCAAAGCCGUCGCAUUGGACGAUGAAGAGCUUGUCGAGCUCAUCGCCGAGAACCGCAGCAUGUCAAAAACAUUGCAAGAGUAUGGCGCUCAAAAGUCGACCUCGAUUAGCACCGCGAAACGACUGGCCGAGUUUCUGGGGGAUCAGAUGGUCAAAGACAAGGGCCUGGCGUGCAAAUUCAUUAUUUCCGCCAAACCCUUUGGUGCUCCAGUCACGGAAAGAGCAGUUCCUGUUGCAAUCUUCUCAGCUGCCGAGAGUAUCAAACGACUUUACCUCCGCAAAUGGCUGAAGGACAACAGCCUUGUCAACUUCGACCUUCGAAACAUCCUAGACUGGGACUAUUAUAUCGAGCGUCUUGGUUCUGUCAUUCAAAAGCUUAUCACUAUUCCCGCCGCGAUGCAAGGCGUAUCGAAUCCAGUCCCUCGUAUUCGCCAUCCCGACUGGCUCUCACGCAGGGUAGCAACUGCCCAGGAUCGCUUUCAGCAGCACAAGUUGACAAACUUCUUCAAGUCUGGCCCGGCUCGCAUAAAACAACCAAAGAACCGCGACAUGGAGAGUGGUAAUGAUGAAAAUAGCGAUGAGGGUGAUGGAUCCAUGGAUAUUGAGGAUAUCUCGCAACCGUCCAAGGCCCCAAAGCCGAAGGUCGCAGUGGUCAAUAGGAAGGUGGCGGGUGACAAGACUACUACAAAGCCUGUACCAAAACCACUACCUAAUCCGACUGUAAACUAUUCAGCAUGGCUCAAGGCGAUCCGCCCAGUGUGGAAAGAGGCAAGAACCUCCCGACUCCAGGCGGCGGGCGUCUCGAAUCUUCCAUCUAUAUUCAAAGGGGCGCAUCAGCCCAUCGUUCGAUCUGCAGCCUGGGAUGUCAUCCAAAUCCGACCGACACGUCGUCAAGGUCGGUUCAUGAUGUGGCUCGGCACCGAAACGGAUGUUGUACAGGUCGCUCUCCGUAUCAAGCGUCAGUUUUAUAUCAACCUCAAGUCUCCUCCUGUGACAACCGGUCCUCAUGCAACGUUCAGUCCAGACUAUGAUACGGAGAGGGUCAACAAAAUUCUUCCACGCAAUCACCCGAGUCAGCAUCUCUACCAGAUAUCCGUAACCGAGGAUGUCUACAAGUCGAACGUCGGUCAUUUUGCCCAUUUAAUGCACAACCCUCAGACAGAUGGCGUUUAUGAGACUCAGAUCUCAUUGCCAAUGAGGGCAGUUCUUCAGCUUGGGACAUCCUGUUCCAUCACAUCUGGCCAAGAGAUUACUCUGAGUCGUGCCCGAGAUACAGGGUUCGACCUUCACCAACUCGAGCCUGCAUCCACGUCUCUUCAACGGCGUCCAUACCUCGAUAGUGGAAGGCGCUUCAAGUACAACUUCCUAUUCCAUAGCUGUUCGAGCGACAACGACGUGCACGUCUUUGCACUGUUCGGUGACAAAACAGUGGCAUCCAUUCAUAUCGUGGACCCGGCGUCGAGGAGGGGUGGAUUUUCCCGCCUUUCUGAGGCUUAUAUGUUCAUGCUGGAGCAACACCGACAACGUAGCCAACCAUCUGUGAUCGACUAUACAGAUACUAUGGAGUUUACAGUUUCGUAUCACUCAAAUGAUACGACUGCCAUGAAAGCCCUCAAUCGAGAACUGGGACUCGCAGAAUACAAGGCGAAGAUCCUCACCCUUGCAUCGCGAAAGGACCUCGGCUACUACGAGACAGGAAUCGCCGCAAUCUCGAAUCUUCCAGUACUCCGAAUGGCCAGCAACCGAAACACAUCGCUUGAUCGACUCGACUGGCAAAGGGUCGCUAUCCAGGGUUUCCUUAGUCACUACUUCGCGUUCGGAGAGUGGCUACGAGAUUCCAUCGAUAACUCUGUCUACUACGACGUUCCCAUUGGUAAUACUCCGACAGACCAAAGUCUCUUCUUCAUGGACGUAGCCUUUGCCCGCAAACUCAUGAAGCAAGACAUGGUCUUGUGGUGGUCACCGGGCAUGAAACCGGACCUUGGAGGGAGGGAAACAGAUGGCAGCGCCGGAGGACUCUCAGAGGAUGUAACAAGUCCAGAAACAUCGAGACCAGGUUGCUACACAAACGUGUGUCUCCUCAUCGAGAUGCGUAAUCUCGCUGUAGAUGCCGUACUCCAGUCAUCUUUGGUCAAUGAGCUCGAAGGGAGCGGUGGAACCACAUCCUUUGAGGCAAUAACGCAUACAUUGGAGGAUUACGCCAACGGUGAACCACAUUCAUCGGUCACACUAGGAGAUUCGGUGCUCUCUCCGCAAGUCUUCUUCAUCUUGAAGAACCUGGUCAAGGGGUGGAUGCUUGACAAGGCUGGAAGCGCAGAAAGCCCAGCAGAGAUAGCCGUCGCUUUCUUCUGGCGCUGGAUUAGCUCACCGUCCUCUCACAUGUAUGACUUGGGGAUCCAUCGAUUCAUCCACGGUCUUAUGACAAAGACAUUUUUCCAAUUGCAAGCCGAGUUCAAGCGACUAGGCUCUACCGUCAUAUACGCCGACUUUGGUCAGAUCCUCCUCCUUACGUCCAAACCGCCGGGCAACGCCACCGCGUAUGCGACAUAUAUCACCACUGCAGUACUUUCCAACGAGCUAUUCAAGCAUCUAUAUCUUCACACGGAUAGAUAUUACGAUUUCUUGCUCUAUUUGGACUCGGCGAACCAAGGUGGUAUCGUGUGUGUCGAUCCGAGAGCAAAGGAGCCUUCACCCACGCCAUGCAUGUCCAACACUUGGAACAUUCAAGCAUUUCUCCCUCCCGCUAUCCAGUCCACGUUCCACCAAGAGAUCAGCCGGUUCAUUCUCGACUAUUAUAGGAUUCGCACGAAACAUACCGCCGCAGGCAAGACACCGAUGAGAGUCCUCAACCCAAAUUAUACCACCGGUGUUCAACCCGAUGAGCGCUUUGUUCAGGAGCAGGACGAAAUCAAGAGCUAUAUCAGCAGAAAGCUCACUCGUCGGCUUCUCGCUGUGGUCCAUAAGAUUGUUCAGCAGCACCGCAGUGCGAUGAUGGGCGAAGAACCGGAUCUCGAUUACGAUUUUCCUGUUUUACCAGGAUCGUAUCUCACCUUUACCAAUCCUGCACUGGAGUUUGUCAAAUCGCUCUGCGAAGUAUUUGGAUUGGCAAAGGAGUACAGCAUCGAGAUCGGCUUGAUGAGGCGUAGUCUUCUUGACAUUGUGGGUGUGCGCGAGUUUGCAGAGGAGGCGACGUGGCGCCAACCAUGCCAGUCAUUCAAAUUGAGCAUGGUGAUUUGCCACUACUGCAAUCAAAUGCGCGACUUUGACUUUUGUCGGGACGUUGACCUCCUUCCUCAGCCGGGCAAAGACGGUGGCGUGGCAAAGGUCUCCCACAGGUGGGCAUGCGCGUCGUGUGAUACCGAGUACGACCGGCGUGCCAUUGAGCGGAGUAUGAUUGAUGUCGUGAGGCGCAUGGAGCUCUCGUUCCAAGUCCAAGACCUCAAGUGUACCAAGUGCAAACGGAUCAAGGUCGACAAUCUCAAUCUACACUGCCAGUGCUCUGGCAACGUUCAUUGGACGGUCGGAAAGGCAGAGGCCCGUCGCAAAUUGCGUACCAUUGUCAAUGUAGCCGUCGUGCACAAUCUUGCGAUGCUCAAGGCGUACACCAGUCAGGUUUUGGAGAGUUGGUAG